GAACUCCAACAUCAAAUACUCGCCACCCAAGCAGCAAACACGCACGAAAAUUAUACCAUGAAGAUACCAGAACCGGUGGAACUAUUAAUUCAACAAAAAAAACCACCAGAGACAAUUCAAUGAUUGACAACGAAACUCCAAAACCGGUGGAACCAUACCAAGAUCCUAGUUCAACGAAACACCAUACUCGACACCAGAGACGAAGGUAUUCACGAUUCCAAGGUAUUUCUCCAACAACGACCAUGUCAACGAUGAAGGUAUUUCAAAUCCCAACUGGUAACGAUGGCACCAACGACGUAG